AUGUCGUCUGAUCGCCUCAAUAUCAUCGCUCUGAUAUCCGGCGGCAAGGACAGCUUCUUCAGCCUGCUCCACUGCCUGCAAAACGGCCAUCGGGUCGUGGCCCUCGCCAACCUGUACCCUGAGACUGCCGAUGGCGCCUCCCAAGGAUUCCAAGCCAUCGAUCCUGCCGGCUCCCUUGGAUCCUUGGCACAGGCGGGAGAGGGGGACGGCGUUUCUGGGGAUCUCAAUAGCUUCAUGUAUCAGACAGUCGGGCACGAAAUCAUUUCUUUGUAUGCAUCUGCGACCGGACUGCCCUUGUACCGCCAGCCCAUAACGGGCGGCUCGGUGCGCCAUGAGCGAGACUAUGACUGCGGCCCGGCCGAGACCGCCUCGGACGAGACCGAAUCCAUGGUUCCUCUGCUCAAGGGCGUGAUGCAGCGCCAUCCUGAAGCCAACGCACUGUGCGCGGGUGCUAUACUGUCCACGUACCAGCGGACAAGAGUCGAGUCGGUCGCUCUGCGGCUCGGCCUCACGCCCUUGGCGUACUUGUGGAAGUACCCGAUUCUGCCUUUCCCGGGCCAGGCGGAUGACGAUGCCCUGCUCUUAAAACACAUGGCGAAAUCUGGGCUUGAAGCCCGCAUUAUCAAGGUGGCCAGUGCUGGGCUGGAUGAAGACAACCUUUGGCAUCGGGUGACGAGUAAUGAGGGCGCCGAGCAGGUUAAGCGAGCCCUUCGCAAAUUCGGUGCUGCCGGGGGUGCGGUUCUGGGUGAGGGUGGUGAGUUCGAGACGAUUGUAGUGGAUGGCCCCUCGGCGCUCUUCAAGAAGAAGAUUGUCGUUCCCGAAACGUCUAAGAAAGUAGUUCGCGAGGGUGGUGGCUCUACAUGGCUCCUACUACGAGGGGCUGGCUUGGAAGAUAAGCCAGAAGACCAGAGUGAGGUGACGGUAUCAAAACCGGAUUUGUUCGAGGCCAGGUUCCAGGCUGUGCUCGACGACCUCUCGGACUCGUCGAAGCUGGAAGCCUGGACAAAGGACAAUUGUACAUCUUCACAUAAAUCCUCAUCCCUUCUUGGAAAUGCCCCCAAGUUGCCGAGCGAAGACCCCCGACUUCUGCAUUGGCACGUGGUAGGAAGCCAGCAUGGAGCAGAUGGUGAUCUUUCUAUAGAUGCCGAAACCGCUCAGGUCAUUGCUGUGAUUCGUCAACGGCUUGUUGCCCACAAGCUGGAUGCAGGCCAAAUUUCAAACACUAUCGUUGUCAUCCGCCGUAUGUCUGACUUUCCUAGGGUCAAUGCGGUGUACGCGAAACUCUUCACGAAACCAAACCCACCUGCCCGUGUUACUAUCUCUUGCGGCGAUCUGCUCCCCCACGGUUCGAAUAUUGCGGUAUAUUUAUCCAUCAGCUCCGCCCAGCCUGACCUGGCGGACCGCCAAGGACUCCACGUUCAGUCGCGGUCGUACUGGGCGCCCGCCAAUAUUGGACCUUACAGUCAAGCCGUAGGUCUUCGUGUCACUGCACAGGGCGAAUCCACUAGUUUGAGGACAUGGUCCGUUGCUGGCCAGAUUCCCCUCAUUCCCAGUUCUAUGGCACUUCCAACCGACGGGCCUCUCUCAUCCCAGAUACAAGUUGCUCUAUCGCUACAGCACCUAUGGAGAAUAGCUUUAGACUUGAAAAUACAAUUCUGGACGAGUGCUGUCGCUUUCUUCUGCGCUCAGCAGGACUCUUCAAACAGCAAGAUGAUGACGAACUCGAAACUAGCAGGGUUGGCCUGGAAGUUGGCUCACGGAUCUCCUGACGACGACGAGGAGACUGAAUCUGGACCGGACCCUUGGGAUCUCAAGUACAACCCGCAGUUUAUGUCUCUCGGUGGAGAGCAAUCACAGAAUGCCAAGCCGCACCUACCCGACUGGGAGGUUCUGACCCUGCGUCAGCAAAAUGAGCCAGAGGCCAGUAUCCCCCCUUGCUUCGCGGUCGAGGUUGAGGAGCUGCCCAGGCAGUCCCAGGUGGAAUGGCAUGCACACAUCGGCCUUGCUCAAGUUGCAGAGGGCACAGUUGAGACGAUAAGUCUCGGAAGAUCCGAAAUAACUACGUCGUGGCAGACGUGGCAUACGGUUGUGAAGACAUCCGAGUCUGUCUUUCUCCACACAGUUGUGGCUCGGGAUCUCCCAGCCUCGGGCGAGUUGCUAGCGUAUCCUUCUUUCGAAAAGGAACUUGCUUCGGUUUAUGAAGAGUCCCUUGGGCGUCUCCGUAUAGACAAGUCAUCUGGGACUUUGGAAAUGCCGUAUCUUACAUAUAUGGAUGUGAGUGCCAUUGAGGCUCCUUGGAACGGUGCAUCUAGCUCUCUUCAGCAUGCUCUCAUACCCUGCCGCACUAUUUGGUCCUCUAAGGGUAGCCGCCUAGGAGCGAUAUCCCUUUAUAGAACAGUGGUAUCAACAUGA